CCAUAUUGACUAAACACUGGGUGGCCCACCACGGCACCGUCGGUUGAAGACGUCAAAAACCGCCACACACGCUUCAACAACUCCACCUCGACCUUGAAAUCCCAGCAACCCAACUUACAUUACUCCCUAAAUCCUCGAAUUUCGUAAAACAAAUAUAUACUUUUUGAUUCCACACUUCGUCUCGCGUUUCGCGACUUUAAAAUUAAAAUUCCAUCUGUAGUGUCAGGUGCUUCUUGGCUCAGAAGAGUCUUAGGAAACAGCAGGUGCUAAAUCUUUGGUGGAGAACUCAUCGAGUUGCGCGAAAAGAGUUCUUUGUGUUCCUGCGCGAUAAAGUGCUCCUCGAAAUACUCGAGGGACGAACCCUCUCAUACCAGUGUCAGUUUGAAACUGCAGUGCGGAGUGCAUCGAGUGCUUCAGCGAUGAAUGGACCACAGGAUCGUUAAAAAAAGGAUGUGAAAGUAGUAGUAAGAACAGAAAAGAAAGACUACAAGACAAGACGUGGAGAGUAGUAAACAAGCCAAGGCAGAAGAUUUUGGUGAGGAGACGUGACCCUCCUGAGUGGUAUGCCGUGGUGACAUUUACAACAAUAGAAGUUACGGACGGACGGAGGAAGAGGAGAAGAAGAAGAGGAGGCAGAAGAAAAGGAAGACGAAGAAAGUGGGGUGCAUGUCGUUGCAGUCGUGACCCCGGGGUUUUCUCGACGAGAACACCCUUCUCGCACGACGGCAGCGUCGCGACGGUGGUCUCCCUCCGUUCCGUGGUCGCCAAUCAAUAACGAGCGGUUCGACUCGACGCUCGCUUUUCUCUCUCGCCUCUCUUCCUCUCCUCGCUCACUCUUUCUCACUCAUCCUAUCUUUCUCUCUCCACCUCCCUCACCCUCUCACUCUUUCCGCGAGCCACUCGCCAUCACCGCCACUACGUGAGCACCCCGAGGCAGCGGGACCUAUUUUUAUACGACCAACAAAGCCCUCGUGUAGGCCAACAAACACUAAGGAAGAAAAGUGUGAAACCGGGUCGGAGUAUUGCGAAUGGACCAGACAGAGGCGGACGCCCGGGGGCCCUCCGGAAGGGCCCUCUGAGCGCGUCCCAGACGCGGAAGUAGUUCAGGCCGUGGGAAGAAGCGGCAGGAUCCUAGGAGAGGGCAUGGAUGAAGUAUGCGCAAGACUGGAGCUGGUUUAAGGUUGGAAUUGUCUUCUUCGAAGUCGUUUGCGAGGCUGUGCAGUGAAAAACGCGAGGUGGCGUAGUGUGCAACGUGGGGUAGGCUGAGGGGGUGCAGGGAGCAUGCGGGGUUCGGGCGAGGCCCGAUUAGGUGGCCCAGGAGGACCAGGCUAAGGAUCCAACAAGAGGAUCGGCGUCGCUCACCCGCAUCUGCACCUGCACCUGCAAGAGCCAAGGCCGGGGGCCGCAGGAUUUACACGAACGCGGGCAGCGAGCUGGACUCGCUCCGAGCGCAUGGAACAUGAUAGAGAUGUCGAGCGGAAUUGGUGCUACAGCAAUGGGGAUUGGCGUUAGUCACGGCGCUGGCAGCAACGAGGGUGUCGCCGGGGGUUGUCGUCUGCGGGCCCAGAGUCAAAGUCAGGCCUCCGGCUCAACAGCGCAGCACACCAAUCCGCAGCAGUCGGCGCAGCAACAGCCCCAGUUGCAGCAACAACAGCAGGCCGGCCAACAACAGCCUCAGCAACCGCAGCGCCAAGGUCCAGGCUUCAUGGGACGCUCGAAGAAAGACAACUGUUGCCUUUGUUGGUGCUGCUGCUGCAGUUGCUCGUGUUUGGCGGCAGUCGGUGGUGGAAAUUCAGGUGGUGCAGGCGACCAGGGUAAGAAGAAAGGCAACAGCAGCCUCGGGAGUGGCGACCACGGAGUCACAGGUGACCUGACAAGUGCAAGUGCGGGUAAUGUGGUGGACGGAUUGGACGGCAUCGACGGGGAUAUAGAGUGCUGCAGCCUGGACGAAAUCAGGACAUGGGGCUCAUCCUUUGACAAGCUUAUGAGGAGUCCAGCUGGAAGGAGACUCUUCCGCGAGUUUCUCGUCAGCGAGUACAGCGAGGAGAAUAUCGCCUUUUGGCUCGCCUGCGAGCAGCUCAAACGCGAAAGCAAUCCCGAGAGAAUCGAGGAAAAAGCCCGAUUUAUAUACGAGGACUACAUAUCGAUACUCUCGCCUAAGGAAGUGAGCCUGGACUCGCGUGUGCGCGAGAUUGUUAACCGGAACAUGGCAGAUCCAACGCCUCAUACGUUCGACGAGGCACAGCUCCAAAUCUACACCCUGAUGCACCGGGACUCCUAUCCUCGUUUUGUCAACAGCGAGAUUUUUAGGCGAGUAGCAAGGCUCGGCAGCGGGCCGCCGAGUCCAACAGAAGCCGAACAGGAACACGGGAUCGGCACAGGGAAGCUGAAGUCGAAAAAAUCGAUAACGUAAUCUCGCCCGGCCAAUAUCGGUUCGACCAAUCAUAGCGCCGGCUACCGAUCACUGAAACAAGAUCUUCUGAAGCAGGUCUGGAGUUUCGCCCUCCAGGAGAAGAUCCUCGUGAUCAUCGUCACGUCGCGUCGGUUCCGUCGGAGCCGACUCGACAAAUAGGUUAACAAUGGUCUUCCAAGCGAAGCCACGGGGCCACGAAAUAAAUAAGACACAUUAUGAAAACACACCGCGCUGCGACAGUGAAUACUAUAUUUAUUAAACAAAUAAAUAAUUCAAUAAUUACGGACUUGGACUUUAAAUAAAAAUAUAGAAAAGGUAAUAAUGAGUAUGGCGUGUAGGAGAAAUGGUGAAAAAAUGCGCUGCGGUCGUAUGGGGAUGCGCGUUGUCACCAGAAUUUUUUUGUUUGAAAGGUCGUUCAUGCGCGUCUUUUCUUCAAAGACGGUCGCUUGAGUCGACUAAAUUGAUAAAGUAUAUCUGAUUCGAGUCGACUGAAAAUUGAACUGAAAUAUUCGAACCGAUCAGAAACUCAAGGCUGACCAGUACAGGGUCAGCUAAGAUAAUUUUAGGACAAGAAAUUAAUUAAUGAGCUGAUACCAAUGAUGUAGAUACGGGUUUUUGAUUCUUAUACAACUUGAGAUGAGGAACAAUUUUUUUGUAAUGCAUGAAAUUUUUCAUUACCUUGUUUUAAUUUUGUUACAAUCUUUAGCCAAGUUUUAUUUAAUUUGUAAGAAUUCCCCUACGUUUCUUGUACCAGAAACAAAUUUAUUUAUUUUACAUAUUAAUUAUGAUAUUAAGAACUCUAGUCAAAUCCUAUACAUUCUGAGGAAAGAUUAGAAUUAGGAAUGGCCAACUUAUUCUAGAAAAAUAAACAAGUCAGUAAAGGAAAUUAUUGUUAGAAUGACACUAUUGUAAACCGAUCCUACUUGAAAUGUAAAAGAUUGUUGCAAUUGUAGAAUUAAUCAAAGGGAUUUUCCUAGAAAAUUUUCUAGCAUAUUUCUGUAGUUGUUCUUUAAUACUGCAACAAUCUUUUGAUGGCGUUUUUAAUAUUGUCAUUUUAUCUACAAUUGUUCUUAUUGAGAAAUUAAAAACUAGUCGAACGCACAAGAAAGCGACCAUCACUAAGGAAGCUAUAUAAAUGAUUAAACAAAUAACAAUAAAAAUAGAUGCACUAAGUGAUCAAAUUAUAUUUGAACAUCGAGAAAGGAUCUGAAUUUUUCAAAAUUGGCCGAGAAUUCAAGGCAGAUCGAGAAUAUCUCGUUACUUAAAAUUACAGUUGAAGUCUGCGAAGCUUGUAUUUAAGUAUGAUAAAUAAUUAAAGUAUAUUUGCGAUCAAAAUGUGUUCGAGCUAAUUGAUAAGUUAUUGGAUACGAACCCAAGUACGAAUUUAAGCGAACUAUAAUCUGUAUGGUUAGUAGAUUCGAUCGACCUGCUUUUUCGAACGAAAUCAAUCAUUUGCAGAAUUCGGUGGAAUUUUACAUAAAAAAUAAUUUCAAAAAUCCACAACAGUUCAUAACAAAUUUUGCAAAUGACUGUAAGUAAAUUUCUCAUUUAGAAUGGUUCAAAUUUUCCAGAAAUUGUCUCCACAUUGUUACUUAUCGUGAAAAAUAUAAGUAAAGAACUUAGCAACAUAUAUGCAGUUUUAAUUAGGAAAAACAUAUACAUUUUCUUUUUGACUGAAUUUAUUAUUGGAAUCCAAUUUCUGAAUUUAAAUCAGAUACAUUCAUACACAAGUGUAAUUUUGGUCGCCUAUUGUUCAGGCGUCAUCGUAUCUCAAAAGUGCUAGCAAUAAAAAUUCGAAACCUUAUUUAGCUUUAUAUUCUAUUAGAAAAUAUUCGCGUAAUGUUUCUUUAAGCAAAUUUUAUUAAAUGGAUGGACAAUUUCACCCUAUUUCUAUUGAUCUGAAUUGUCGUUUUACCUAAAAAUUUCAUUUUGAUAAAUUACCGUUUGCCUUACAUUUUUUUCGAAUUGUCAACCAUCAUAAUUUUUGUUUGUCCGCAUAACCAUUUACUACAAUUUACAUUUAGCCAAAUUAUGGCGAAUGGUAUUUCGGAUAAUCCAAAAUUAUGAUUAUGCCAAACAGUGAUUCUGAAAAAUUAAAAAGUAGGGUAAAUGGUAAUUCGGAAAAAUAAAGAGUAGGGAAAACGCAAUCGGGAAAGGUAAAAUGUAUUAUGAAAAAUCGUUAUUCCGUCAAAUGAAUUUCGGUAACAUAAUUAAGAAAAGUGGAUUUUGCGGAAUACUGACGAGUCGCAAAAUAUUCGCUUUGACUGAUCUCCAAUUGCACAGUAUUUUGCACAAACUUAAAUUGAUUAUUUUAAUUACUGUAUACUUAUUUUAACCAGUUUCUGGUAAUAUUCUAGUUUUCGUUCGACCAAAGAAAAAUAUUUGAUCGAUGUUGUACAAAUGCGUUGUAUAUUUCACACGAUAUAAAACCUUUUCUCUGUGAUAUUGAAUAAUGUGAAAUAGUCGUAAAUCGGUGUGAUAUUUCUUGUGAUUUCCAUUACAAGACACAAAACGGUGUGCAAAGUGUGACGAUCCCAGAUCGCCAUCUUUCUUCACUUUUCCAAAUAUAUACCACUUUUCACGUUUUUUCUACUCUUGGUAUUAUCCACAUCAUACCGACUGUCCUCGGGUUUCGAAGUGUAGAGUUACUAUAAUUAAAGAAUUUUAAAUAAAUUUCUUAAUUACUUAAAAUUUUUUAUUAUUAUUAUGUCAAUCAAACACUCAGGAUUUGAAAACCACUUUAGUGCUGGGCCCAUAACCUGUUGCACAAUCUACUUCACAAAUAACGAAUGAAUUAGAAAUUUAACAAAAAAAUUAAUUCACAUUUCGAAGCCCGGUUUUUAGUAAUGCUGUUAUUUUUAUUAUUAUUAUUACUAAAUUAUAAUAAUAAAGUAAUACAGACGCGUAAGAACGAGCGGUCGACGCAGCAUCCCCUUUUCUGGUAUACAAAAAAUAUACCGAAUUACUGCCACGAAAAAAGCGACGUACCAGUGAAAAGCCACAAUCCACCAAUGACCACACGAGUUUCUAGCAUAGCCGAAAAUUGAAGGGCGCCAUGCAAAACAAUCGCAUUUUCCUAGGAAUGGCCUAAGCCCUAUAUUUCAAAAAAGUCAUUUUUCCGUCGCGACAGCGAUGGAGAUGCGAUCGUUGCUCGUCAAGGUCGCUGGAUGGCAAAUGGUUGUAAACGAGGCUAAUGAAAUAAAUAAAUUAAUUAAUAAUUCCGUGCUCGAAGCAACAGGAAUUAGAGGAAUUGUGCGAAAACGAGGGAAAUUAAGAGAAAUUUAAAAAAAUUACGAGAAAAAUGAAAAAUAUUGUGUGCUUGGGUGUGUGCUUGCGAGAGAGAGAGAGAGAGAGAGAGAUUUCACGUAAAAAUAGGCUGCGCUUUCCCGCAGCCAUCACGAUUUGGCACAGAUAAAAUAGUACAGUCAGCCACAGUGUUUGGCUACUGCAUUUGUAGAUAUAGAUAGGUAUUAUUAUUAUGACUUCAUAACCCAAAAUCGUAAGAAAAAUUUAUGAGGAUAUAUUAUAUAUUAUUAUAUAUAAAUGUAUCAUACACGAAUUCAAAUCCAUGAGUAGAAGGGAUGAGCCAAUGGCGGAUACAGAUUUCUGUUACAGACAUUUACCGACAUCUCGAAUAAUCGAAGUAUCGUAUCCGUGCUAAAGGUCGUACGUAACCUUUGGUACCCCAUUUUUUAUUUUCUAACGAUUUUCUUGGUGCUACAGCCAUUUUUUUUGUAAUUUGCUUAUACACUAAGUAACAACAUAAACUUUUUUUGGAAAUGAUUUAAAGGUUUCAAAUCCAUUUUUUUAAAGUGAUGGAAAAAAUUUAAAAAAUUAAGAGCGUCUAUAACUCCAUUCAAUUAAAAAAUUUAAUAAUUGGGGUGAAUUAGUUACACAAUAUUGUUACAAUAUACCCUACUAAUAUGGACUAGAUCCGAGUGGAAAAGAUCAAAUUUAAUAAAAUACUUGGUAUUUAGCACCGACACGAACCGUCAGUGGCGCAAAAUGUCGGUAAAAGUCGGUAACAGAAAUCUGUCUUCAAAAGUGACUAGUGUAUGCUCUGCUUUUUGAAAGCGAAGUAACACACCUACGGGAAAACACGUAUUGCAUUAAACCCAGCUUCUUAUAAUAGUUACCUGUAUGUUACAUAACCAGAAAAUAUAGCUCUCGUUGGAAGAAAAAAAGUACAAUCAGGUCUAAAAAAUAAUUCGGUACCUAAAUUUUGAUGUCUUGUAACUCAUAAUCAAACUUGAAUGUUUCUCGCCCUAUAAGGUAGUUUUAAAGAGACAUCCUUAAACUUUAAAACACAAUAUAAUAGGUGGCGGCCUUCCGGACUUAACCUUAAAAAUAAUUAGUCAAUAUAACGGUGUUGGGAGAAGGUACGGUGACAGGUAAAACGUGUAAAAAGUAGUUUCAGACAUUUGAAAAUUAUGAUUUUUCAAUUAGAAUACAAAAAGUAAGCAGUGUCUUAAAUGCUCUUUGUCUGACGCUAUUGUAUCCACUAAUGAUUGUUAAGGUUAAGCCCGCAGGGCCGCCACCUAUUAUAUUGUAUUUUAAAAUUCAAUUCAAGUUUGACCAAGAGUUACAAGACGUUAAAAUAAAGGAACCAAAUUAAUUUGUAGACCUAACAAUUUCAUAAUAUGAAAUUGAGAUCUCCGCAGUUGCAAAAGCUUAAGCAUAUUUAAAUUUGACUGAUUAAAAUAUAAAAGCUUUCGUAUUUAAAACAAUCCAACUAAAAAAAAUUAAACUCAAUCUAGGAUAACACUUUCAGGUUGUUUGACAUAAAUGGUAAAUUUCCUUUGAGCACACACCCAUGUAUACAGAACACAAAUACAUGUAUUGUCCUACAUAAGUACAGGGUGCAAAUUUCGAGAUCGAGCGCGGGGGCAUGUUACAUAUAUAAAUAUAGAUUAUUUAAUAAAAUUAAUAAUAAUAAUAAUGAUAAUGAAUCAAGUGAGAGAGAGCCGAGGGACCACUAAAACCCCUCCUCUCCUGAAAAAUCACGUGAGAAAAUAAUUAAAAGUAAAAGUAAAAAAAAAAACUUUUUUCGACCCUCGAGAACAAGAUUGAAUUUUGUUAUUAUUUAAAUUUUAAAGAUUGCACAAAAACGUUUGGCAUUUAUGAGAUGAAGAAGAAUAUUUCAAAAUGACGACUAUGAAAAAUUCAAUCAGUUUCGUAGCCAGGAAGGAGUUUAUUUUCUCCCGAUAUUAGAACUGCGCGAUGUAACAUCCGUUAUAUGCGAUUGUGAGAUUUGUUAUACCUAAUUAUAAAUUUUUUAAUUAUGUAGUUCAUGUUACAUUUAUGCGAUUAUACAUGUGCGUUAAACAUCCAAUUUUCUGAGGGUUGUGUAACAUCUAUGUAACAAAAUUGUAUAAAUGUAACAGUGUCGAAUUUUCUGGAAUUUUUUCCGUUUACGUAUCGACUUUCUUCAGAUAUUUAUUUCAAGGCACAUGAUUAAUCAAAUUACGUGAGUCUUAAACUGAAUAAUAUUGCGCAUCGUCUCAUUAUAAUUUCAUUUAAUGCUUUAAAUGUAUUCAUAUUCAAUGUACACUGACUUUUGUAUUACUCUUUUUAUCAACGAAGUGGCGAGAAACAUUCCUUUUAAGUUUAAGCGCACCGGAACCAGUUACUCACUAAUGAAAUCCUUUUAGCAUUGUUUAACGCACAAUUUUUAAUUAUUAUUAAAGCGAUUAUAUUAUUUUAAAGCUUCGAAUUUGAGUCUUCAGUGAUAAAUUGUUUAAUUCUGAUAUCCUGGCUACGCUCCUGAAUUUGAAGCAGCGUGGUAGAAAUGAAGGAUGCGAUUUCUCACAUUAAAAAACUGAAAUCGUGUAAAGCAGUUUUGGAACCCUUAAAAAAGGAGUCAUCAGUCACAUAAUACAAUAUAUUAUCGUCUUUACGUAUUCAGUAAUAAACGCACAAUUUUUCUCAGGCUUCGAUUCCACGCUUUUUUUCUUUCGUUGUUCCUGCUAACAAAUCUCAAUUUCAUUAUUCCACACAGAAAAUAAAGUUUGUUGAUAAAAAUAUAAAAUACACCCAUAAAUGUGUAAUUAACCUGAAAAUUCUGUACGCUUUACAUAAAAAGCUAUGCUGUCACUAUUUUAUCAUUAACAUAGACCCUUUUGUCAUUAACAGACUUUUUCUCCUGGUCCCCUCAACUUUUCACCAUCUUUUUACAAAUCAUUCAAUACAACUUUUAAUUUUUAGAACUAAUUAUCGUUAAGGAUAUUAAGGAUUUUUAAGGAUUUAAUAAGGAUCUAUUAGAGCGAAAAGUCCAAAGGAUUAGCGCUCAAAAAAUAAGGUUACGUGAAUUAUUAUUCGGGAGGAACCUCGUUAAAUGUCCUUAUAUCAGGUUCUCACUCUAGCAAAUCGAUUUUGGGUUAUUGGAAACAUUUGCAAUCUAGGGACAAAUAACGAGAUUCUCUUGUGUUAUUUGAUAAAAUAUGUGAAGAUUAUGCUUGCGUUGUUGGGUGUAAUACUUUAUAAUGUGUUUGUUGAACUGGUUGUAUUCGUUUGUUCAAUUUAAGCUGUAUUUAUUACCAAAUAAAAAUUGUUAUAGCUUUUUGACAACGUAGUUUUCGAGUGUAAUUAGAAUGAGAAAUUAAAUAAUAAUGAAUGUUCAAUUAUUACGGAGAAAAACGCUAAAAUAGUUUGUUUUUUCUACAGUUAAGUUCAUUAACGCUGCUAAUCCAUCUUGAA